AUGUCAGACAAGGAAUUCGGAGGCAACGACGACCUCUCUCUGCCAAAAGCAACCGUCCAAAAGAUCAUCAACGAGGUCCUCGCGACCAACCCCACCCUGAACGAUGGCAGCGGCAACAACAUGACUUUCGCCAAAGACACGCGCGACGUGCUGAUCGAGUGCUGCGUCGAGUUCAUCACCAUGUUAACGAGCGAGGCGAACGAGAUUGCGGAGAAAGACGCGAAGAAGACGAUUGCAUGCGAACACAUUACGAAAGCGCUUGAAGAGCUAGGAUUUGGGGAGUACGUCCCCGAACUGUUGAGAGUGGCGGAUGAGUUCAAGAGCGCGGCAGCGCAUCGAGAACGGAAGCAGACGAAGAUCGAGCAGAGCGGUAUGGGUCACGAUGAGCUGCUGAAAAUGCAGGAGGAGCUGUUCAAGAACGCCGGCGAGAAGUACAAUGCUGCAGCAGAAUAG